GGGGCAGAGCUGACAAGAUGUUCUUGCUGCCUCUUCCGGCUGCCGGGCGAGUCGCCGUCCGACGUCUCGGGGUGAAGCGUUUCUGGGGACGGGGUCUCGCCACCGCAGACAUGACGAAGGGCCUUGUUUUGGGAGUCUAUGCCAAAGAAAAAGAAGAUGUUGUGCCACAGUUUACAAGUGCAGGAGAGAAUUUUGAUAAAUUGGUGUGUGGAAAGCUGAGAGAAAUGUUGAACAUAUCUGGACCACCUCUAAAGGCAGGCAAAACCCGAACCUUUUAUGGUCUGCAUGAGGACUUCCCCAGCGUGGUGCUGGUUGGCCUUGGCAAAAAAGCAGCCGGAGUUGAUGACCUGGAAAACUGGCAUGAAGGCAAAGAAAACAUCAGAGCUGCUGUUGCAGCGGGAUGCAGGCAGGUUCAGGACCUGGAGCUCUGUUCUGUGGAGGUGGAUCCCUGUGGAGAUGCCCAGGCAGCUGCGGAAGGAGCAGUGCUGGGUCUCUAUGAGUAUGACGACCUCAAGCAGAAAAAGAAGGUGGUCGUAUCGGCGAAGCUCCAUGGAAGCGGGGAUCAGGAGGCCUGGCAGAAAGGAUUCCUCUUUGCUUCCGGGCAGAACUUGGCACGCCACUUGAUGGAGGCUCCAGCCAACGAGAUGACGCCAACCAAAUUUGCCAAAAUUAUUGAGAAGAAUCUUACAAGUGCUAGUAGUAAAACAGAGGUCCACAUCAGACCCAAGUCUUGGAUCGAGGAACAGGAAAUGGGAUCCUUCCUUAGUGUGGCCAAAGGAUCGGAUGAACCUCCAGUCUUCUUGGAAAUUCACUACAGAGGCAGCCCUGAUGCAAGUGAACCACCCCUGGUGUUUGUUGGGAAGGGAAUUACCUUUGACAGUGGUGGCAUCUCCAUCAAGCCUUCUGCAAAUAUGGACCUCAUGAGGGCCGACAUGGGAGGAGCUGCCACUAUAUGUUCAGCCAUCGUGUCUGCUGCCAAACUCGGUCUGCCCAUCAACAUCGUAGGUUUGGCCCCUCUUUGUGAAAAUAUGCCCAGCGGUAAGGCCAGCAAGCCUGGGGAUGUCGUUAGAGCCAGGAACGGGAAGACGAUACAGGUUGAUAACACCGAUGCCGAGGGGAGGCUCAUACUGGCCGACGCACUCUGUUACGCUCACACCUUUAACCCACAGGUCAUCAUCAAUGCCGCCACCCUAACAGGUGCCAUGGACAUAGCGUUGGGGUCCGGGGCCGCUGGGGUCUUCACCAAUUCAUCCUGGCUAUGGAACAAACUAUUUGAGGCCAGCAUUGAAACAGGGGACCGCGUCUGGAGGAUGCCUCUCUUUGACCAUUAUACUAGACAGGUUGUCGAUUGCCAACUUGCUGAUGUUAAUAACAUUGGAAAGUAUAGAUCUGCAGGAGCAUGUACAGCUGCAGCAUUCCUGAAGGAAUUUGUGACUCAUCCUAAGUGGGCGCAUUUAGACAUAGCAGGAGUGAUGACUAACAAAGAUGAGAUUCCGUAUCUGCGUAAAGGCAUGACCGGGAGGCCCACGAGGACCCUGAUAGAGUUCUUGCUUCGGUUCAGUCAAGACAAAGCUUAGUUCAGAUACUCUAAAAUGCCUUCAUUCUGUCUUAAGUGAGCUUUGGGGCUUCAAAAUAUUUUUGAAUGAAUGGAUGAAAAUCUUUUAAAGGAAACAAAGGAUGAAAUUUAAAAGUGAAAUUUGUAUGCUUUGUCUUUUCAUUUUAUGCAGAGACUUAUUAAGAUAAAACUAAUGGCUUGCUUGGCAAAGAUUUUAAAGGUAUUCUAAAAAUGAUGAUUAAUUUUUUAAAAACUACCUAAUCAUUUUUCAGAGUGUAUGUUUUUAAUUGAGUGAAAUUGUAUUUCGGAUUUGUGAUGCUAGGAACAAACUAAAAGUUACUAUGCUGUUGUCAGAAACAAUAAAUCCAGCUUUUUGUGCUCUCUGA